AAGAUGCUGUCCCUUCUGGAUCUAAUCUCCCAAAAUCAACCACAUUUCCAGACACACCAGGCGCUACUUGUCAUUGGUCUACAGAACGACUUCAUCCAACCAGAUGGUAGACUCCCCGUCGACACCCGCAAUGGAUUCCUCGAGCGCAUCGAUUCCAUCGUCCCUAAAUUCCGCCAACUAUCCGCCAAUAUCAUUUGGGUCAAGACCCUGUACGAAACUGACCGUUUGGCCAACGACCCCACCACGGGCGAGGGCGACGCCAUUGUGGUCGGGGGUCUAGUGGACGGCGCUGAGAGCAGCACGGACGACGACGACGAUCUCCCCAAGGACCUUAUCCCGCCCACCCAGUCAAGAUCGUCGCGGCGCAAGCAGCGAGCCCUCGAUCUGCUCAAACGAGUCUCCGCACGCAAGCCACCCGUACCCCGUAAAGGUGGUGAUCCAAAUCCUACGUCGGACGAAGACGAGGAGCUUUUCCUCUUACGAGCAUCCAAAAACGGUCCCGCGUGCCUGCCCAACACGCCCGGGGCCGAAUUCAUCGACUCCCUCAAGCCCAAGAUCGAACAAUCAGAUACCAUCCUGCCGACCACUAACUAUUCCGCCUUCCUGGGAACGUCCCUCCUCCUGAUCCUCCGGGCGAAACUAGUCACAGAGCUCUUCAUCUGUGGUUGUAUUACCAAUGUCUCGGUACUCGCUACCGUGGUUGAUGCUGCCCGCCAUGGAAUCAAAAUCAAUGUUAUAGAAGACUGUCUAGGGUUUCGCAAACGCACACGCCAUGACGAGGCUCUCAAGAGGAUGGUCGAGUUCUUCGAUGCGAACAUGGUCACAAGUAAGGAGAUCCUAGAUCGGGACGUCCGUUCAGCACGGAGCAGUCUCGCCAGACAACCCUCGGACAGAGCCUCACAAUUGACAACGACCAGCCGACACCGUACGCUGUCAGAUCUAUCUGUGGCGGAGAGUCGCGCAACUACAGAUACUAAACUGAGCGACGAGCAGUUCGCAGAGAAGCUCAGUCAGGGCGCAAAACUGCCCAAGGACUCAUAUCAGACCGCACCGGCCGCUAAGCAGAACUUGGUCAAGUCGAAAAUUCGCAUGAGGUCUCGCACAGACAAAAGCAAGAAAGAAAAGACUGAAGACAAGGCGGCGAAGGCUGCUGGCACCGCUUCCAAAGCUGAGGGAAGCUCUCGUACCAAAACCGGUGAGGCGGCGGCCACUAAUGCGCCACCAGUCAAACCGACCACCAUCACCAAAGCUGAAAGUAGCGAUAGACUUCGCGAAUCACCAUCUUUGAAUCGCGAGAAGUCUCUCAAGUCGUCUGCUUCGCACCCUGUCCUCUCCGGUGCAGGUGCAGACGCCAACGAUUCAAGGCAGCCUUCGGCUCGUAGUGCUGUACGUCUUGCACUACAGCGAUCGUUGAAGUCUGACUCAACAAAGACGCUGCCUGCUGAUGCCCCUCAAUCUCCCUCUAGAGCGGCACCUGAACCUCCAACAACAUCUCCUUCCACAUCUAAGAAACCUCCAAUGGGGAAGAAACUCAAGUCUCUCGCGAACUUUCCAGUGCUGCGUCCUGGAGAUCGCAUCGCCGAGGGCGAUUCUAGGAUAAUAUACAACUUCUUCCCACCUACUCUCAAGCACCUCACAGAGCCUUCGAAGCCACUCAAGGAUGUUAUCUUCCAUCAAUUAUACAACGAAGUACGGUGGCAGAAGAUGCUUCACCAGACAGGUGAAGUCCCACGGCUUGUCUGUUGCCAGGGAUCUAGCAUUGUCAAUGUCAGUUUCGGGGCCCAGAGGACGAUGCGAUUGCGCACGAAGAAGGUGGCAAAGCCUGCAACUACCAAUGGUGAUGAGGAGGAAGCACACGAGCGAGAAACCCAACGAGUCGCGAUGCCCCAUAACUCCAUGUUCGUAUUGGGCUUGGAUACAAACAAGAAAUGGUUACAUGGGAUCAUGGCGGACAAACGAAUAGAAGCUGAGCGCAGUGAGGACGAAACAGCGUAUUCGGGAAUUCGUAUCUCUCUCACGUUCCGCCAUAUCGGAACAUUCUUGGACGCAGAAAACAGCACGAUCUGGGGCCAAGGAGCGACAUCGAAAAAUCUGAGUGGUGCGCGAGACGUGAUCAACGACGACGAAGAAGAAAACGAGAAGGUAGUUCGUGCAUUCGGCAAGGAAAAUCAUCAAUCGGAUUUCGAUUGGGACGAGCAUUACGGCGACGGCUUCGAUGUCCUUCAUUUCAGGGAUGCGCCGGAGGACUCCCCGAUUCUGUUCGCUUCCAACAACAUCACCGAGACGAGAAUGGUACAGAUCUUCCUCGCCGAAAACAAGCUAAAGCACACAUUGAUUGAGGCGCCGGCCCUUGACAAAGCCUACGAACUCGAUCGCCAGGUCUGCUACCGUGACAACGACAUCAGCCACACCGAGACCCCCAUCUCCGUGCCCAUCCUCAUCUACCUCGACCGAUACUACCCGUUGGACCGCGAUGAUCGAGGCCGCGCUACCAAUUCCAAAUCUUACGAGAUCAUGGUAAUGGUCAUGGGGCUGCUGAAGUUCUGGAUGAACCGCCACGUUCCUACAUACCAGAGCGAUGUUGUCAACAUGAUCGAGCAGCUUGAGGAGAAGCUCGCGAUGGGUCCUGGACCCUUCAUUGCGGGUCGUCGCUUUUCGGUCGGCGAUUGUACGACUUGGCCUAUAUUGGAUGAGAUUAUCACCAAGUGGGACGACUGGGACGAGGAGAAGUUCCCUCAUCUCACCGAGUAUUACAGGAUGCUGUGGAAGAAAAAGAAGAGCGUGCAGAAGUUACGAGAGAAGCUCCCGGAGCUGAAGAUGGUGAAGAAGAGCAAGGACUAA